AUGUUCAGGUCUAGUAAUGGUGAUUCUGAUAAGACUAAGAAACAACGUGGACUGAAACAAAAGACGCUCUCAUCAUAUUUCUUUCAAGUGAAACCAAAAUCUCAGAGUUUUGAUUCUAAAUCUCAAAGUACUAAAGCCAAUCUCGCGACAAAAUCAAAGAGCUUUAAAGAAACACGUACUAUCCGUACUAAAAAGUUAGAUACAAGUUCAUUUACCUCAAAUAAACCUUAUUCACUCUUUCAAUCGCAAGGUUCAUUCGAUGAAUGCGAUACAGAUGCAGAAGUAAAAAAAUUAAUGGACGUUCCUCAUAUUAAUAACUUCAAACAGGUUACUACCAUCUCAAGGUCACCUAGCUUUCAUAGAUCACCAGAAAAGUCUCAACGGAGUGUUCUGGAAGAUUUAGCCGACGACAUGAAUAAUUUGCGUGAAGUUACUAAUAUUAAAGUAGGUCACAGGAGAUUAGCAUUUACAAGCACACAGAUAGAUACUACAGAUUUGGUCGACACGAAACCUACUAAGCGAAUAGGCUCAUUCCAAGAUUUGAAGAUACACACAUCAAAAAGGAUUAAGCCAAUUCAAAGAACUACUUCGAACUUAAAGUCAAAUAAAGUUACAAUACAAUUAAAACUAACUAAAGAACAAGAAACUGUCGUUGAUUUGAUUGUAAAUAAACGUCUCAAUGUUUUUUAUACAGGUUCUGCAGGUACUGGUAAAUCUGUCAUUUUACAAAAUAUAAUUGAAAAACUUCGUUCAAUGUAUGGGAAAGAAGCUGUGGCGAUAACUGCUUCAACAGGUCUUGCAGCUGCUACUAUAGGUGGUGUUACUUUACACAAGUGGUCGUAUGCAGGUAUCGGCAAUAGACCUCCAGAUGUCACGGUGAAGAAGAUACAAAGAUUAAAAGAAGCUCUAGCAGUUUGGAAAAACACAAAAGUUCUCAUUAUUGAUGAAAUCUCUAUGAUUGAUGGUAAAUUCCUUAACAUGUUAGAAUAUAUAGCUAGAGCAGUAAGGAAAAACGAUAAGCCCUUCGGUGGGAUUCAACUGGUAUUAACAGGUGAUUUUUUUCAACUACCACCCGUUCAAAAGAAAGACGACGUGAAAGCUAGUAUAUUUUGUUUUGAGAGUGAAAUGUGGAAACGUUGCAUCCAUAAGACAAUCUUAUUGACAAAAGUCUUUAGACAGCAUGAUAGCGAGCUGAUUGACAUAUUGAAUUCUAUUAGAUUUGGGGAACUUCAACCACAUAUGAUUUCAACAGUCAAAAAUCUUCAAAGAGAGGUAGACUAUUCUGAUGGAAUAUACCCAACCGAAUUAUAUGCUACUAGGAGGGAAGUUGAAUUAUCAAAUUCAAGGCAAUUAGGUUUACUUCCUGGGGAUUUACACCAAUUUGAGAGUGUAGACUUAGCUAGAAAAGACCAGAUACAAUUAUUAGAUUCCUCAGUUAUGGCGGAACGUGUAGUAACGUUAAAGGAAAAUGCUCAGGUUAUGAUGUUGAAAAAUAAACCCGAAGUUGAUCUGUUUAAUGGUUCAUUGGGUAAAGUUCUCUUUUUCACGACAGAAAGACUGCAUAGAAAAAUGCUUGAAUUGUUUAAAGUAAUUGACGAUAAUGUUAUUGCUGACAUGCGGUUAGUUAGUCAAGUAAUAGCAAAUCCUUUAAGAAGACAGUCGAAGGAGUUUAUCCAGGACUUUAACGCAAGAACACUUAGUAGGGCAGAGAUCUUGGAAGAAUUAGUCAACGUUGCCAUAUUGGAAUCACCCGUUGAAACUGCAUGGCCGUACGUUAGAUGGUCCACAGGCAAAAAUAGGUAUUAUCAUGAGUUAGUGCUUCCGGACAGGUUCCCCGUUGAUAUACCCGGCGAUAAAACAGGCAUCGAAAGAACGCAGGUGCCGAUUAUGUUAUGUUGGGCGUUGUCCAUCCACAAGGCACAGGGGCAAACGAUUCAACGAUUGAAAGUAGACCUGAAAAAUAUCUUUGAGGCUGGACAAGUCUAUGUCGCUCUAUCAAGAGCCGUAUCUAAAGAUCAACUGCAAGUUCUGAACUUUAAUCCUAAAAAGAUCACUACAAAUGAAAAGGUCAAAGAUUUUUAUAAACAACUGGAGACCGUGAAAGCCUAA